AUGACUGUGUUCUUUAAAACACUUCGAAAUCAUUGGAAGAAAACGACAGCUGGGAUCUGUCUGCUGACAUGGGGAGGCCACUGGGUCUAUGGAAAACACUGUGAUAACCUACUAAGGAGAGCAGCCUGUCAAGAAGCUCAGGUGUUUGGCAAUCAACUUAUUCCUCCCAAUGCGCAAGUGAAGAAGGCAACUGUGUUUCUCAACCCUGCAGCUUGCAAAGGCAAAGCCAGGACUCUAUUUGAAAAAAAUGCUGCCCCGAUUUUACACUUAUCUGGCAUGGAUGUUACUAUCGUUAAGACAGAUUAUGAGGGCCAAGCCAAGAAACUCCUGGAACUGAUGGAAAACACAGAUGUGAUCAUUGUCGCUGGAGGAGAUGGGACUCUGCAAGAGGUUAUUACUGGAGUUCUUCGAAGAGCAGAUGAGGCUACCUUCAGUAAGAUUCCCAUCGGAUUCAUCCCACUGGGCCAGACCUGUAGUUUGAGUCAGACACUCUUUGCCGAAAGUGGAAACAAAGUCCAACAUAUUACCGAUGCCACACUUGCCAUUGUGAAAGGAGAGACAGUUCCACUUGAUGUCUUACAGAUCAAGGGUGAAAAGGAACAGCCUGUGUUUGCACUCACUGGCCUUCGAUGGGGAUCCUUCCGAGAUGCCGGCGUCUCAGUUAGCAGGUACUGGUAUCUUGGGCCUCUAAAAACCAAAGCAGCCCACUUUUUCAGCACUCUUAAGGAGUGGCCUCAGACUCAUCAAGCCUCAAUCUCCUACACGGGACCUACAGAGAAACCUCCCAGUGGAGCGGAAGAGACCCCUCCCCGGCCCUCUUUGUACAGGAGGAUAUUACGGAGGCUCGCGUCCUACUGGGCACAACCGCAGGGCGCCCCGCAAGAGGUGAACCCAGAGGUCUGGAAGGAAGUGCAGCUGUCCACCCUUGAACUGUCCAUCACAACCCGGAACAGUCAGCUUGACCUGGCAAGCAAAGAGGACUUUAUGAACAUCUGCAUGGAACCCAACACCGUCAGCAAAGGGGACUUCAUCACUCUAGGAAGUAAAAAGGUGAGAGAUCCCGAGCUGCGUGUUGAGGGCACCGAGUGUCUCCAAGCCAGCCGCUGCACGUUGCUUCUUCCAGAGGGCACCGGGGGCGCCUUCAGCAUCGACAGUGAGGAGUAUGAAGCGAUGCCCGUGGAGGUGAAGCUGCUCCCCAGGAAACUGCAGUUCUUCUGUGACCCUCGCAGGAGGGGGCAGCUGCUGCAGCGCCCGGCCGAGUGA